UUUUUCAUAACAAUGGGCUAAUUAACAAACAGGAGGAGAGAUUGCCUGAAACAGAUAUAGAAGAGAGAGCCCACCGCCGAAACUCUAAACUCGUUGCCGUCGGCAUCGCCGCUUCAGUUCCAAAGGUUUCUGGAAUCGAGCAAAGGCUCCUCUUCCGCCUAUGAGUUCGAGAGAAAGCGCCAUUUUCGUCAACACAUCUCCUCUGCGAACGAGUCCUUGGACUUCAUUUCCAUCCGAUCUGCCUCAGAUCCGCAUUGCUCUCAUCGUUUGUUCGUCUCAGAUCUACGUCGCCAAGGUCUUCCAGCCACUGUUGCUGCUCUUGUUGCAACAUCACACCUCCGCCACUUGCACCGCCUCCGUUCUUGCGCAUAGACGCACAAGAUCGUCGCCGUGAUUACAAGUCCGAAAACUCUGACAUUGGCAUUUUUCUGGGAUUCAAUGAAGUCACAAUUCCAAAUAUUUUCUUAUGAUGUGCUUGCAAAAGCAACUAACCAUUUCGAGAAUUAUGUUGGGAAAGGAGGCUUUGGGAGUGUUUACUAUGGAAAGCUCCCACAAGGAUAUGAGGUAGCAAUCAAACAUUUCCAUGAAAAGAAGGAGAAGACAAAAAAGCAAUUCAUGAGAGAAGUUGAGAUCCUAAGUCUCAUGCGCCAUCAGAAUCUGGUCUAGCUGUAUGGCUGCAGUUCUGAUGACAGUGAUGAACUCCUGUUAGUUUACGAGUAUGUCUCCAACGGUUCUCUAUCAACCUAUCUCCAUUGAAAUUCUGGAAACAAACUACCAUGGGCUACCAAAUUAAAUAUUUCCAUUGAGACUGCUUCUGUUGUAUAUUAAUUUUGGAUUUUUAAGUUUUAAAAUGGCAAAACUUGUGGAGAGCAUAUUUUUGGGCAAGAGAUAUGUAGGUAUAAUGUUGCUGUGAAAUGUGCUACUAUAACUCCUGUGGCAACUUAUUACCUAUAUACAACUUAUGUUCAUCCCUUUAUUUGCUCCCUUGCUACUAUUAUACUCAUGUCACCAGAUGAAGUCUUGCACAAAGGCAAUGGGACCCUCUGUGAAAUGUUACUCAUGGUUCAGGCAUACAAAGCAAAUGUUAUAUGUCCUAACAAACACCAAUCCGACAAAGAGAAAUUUUAUAGCAAUCAUCUUCUUGAGAUUCUUGCGCUUUACAGGUUUUGGUGGGGAGGAUUUUGGAAGUGGCUUCAGCUUGAUCAACAUUUCUUGGAGCCGAGGGACUAUUCUCUCUACUAUUCUUUUCUUGAUCAUAACUGCUUCCAUUCUUCUUCUUUGGAGACUCGGACUUCUCCAACAAAGAAAGGAAGCCUCCUCUCCGAUCUCAGCACCGUUUGUGGCCAAUCGAAGAUCCAUGAACUGUCUUGGCACUGCGUCUUGCUUCUUCUCCUCUUCCUCCUCCUCUGGCUUGUGUUGUUGCAUCAAAGCCACCACCUUGCAUCUGCAGGGCCUUGUAUUCUGCUGUUACACAAUCUAGCCUCUCUCUCCAUUGAUUCUCCGCCUUCAUUCGCUCCAACUCUACCAGAAUAUAAUUGUCUGAUCAGGGAUGGGUCUUUUUUCGUGUGAAUUUGGUGAGAUGAUGUUGUCAACAACGAAUUGAUCGCUGCUCGUGUUGGUAGUAAGAAGAUUCAGACCAGUCUGAAAUAAUGAAUGAAAAUUGAAAAGCUUCGGAUACGUAAUUUAGAAGUAAAGACAUGGUAUUGGUAUGCAUCGUCAAUUUUAAUAUCUUUGUUCUAUGAUACAAAAUCUGAUUAAAUUGUAGAUGAUAAUGUUGUAUUCUUAAUUUUCUAUAUUAAUGAUACUACUGGUUGGGAAUGCUUGCAACAACCCUUCAUGUCAUGGCAAUGUGUCUUAGGAUAUGUCACUAGGAUUGGUUUAUAGCCUAAUUUGUUGUAAUAUAGUUAUAAGCUUGUAGCAUUUUUUAUUAUUUAGAUUUGUAACAUGAGUUAUUAGAGAAACUUGUGUAUCAACAUUUUGAGUUUAAUGAAAUAUUUCAUUUUAUAGUAA